AAGUAGAACGGCAAACUCUAAUUCCCGCCUCGAGUAUCCGUCUCAAUAUUUUUUUUAACUUGCUGCUGUUUUCCUCCAUCGACUUCCUUCUCCCCAUCCUUAUCUUCACGUACAGAAACAAUGGCCAACACACCGCACGGAGGAGUCCUGAAGGACUUGCAUGCUCGCGACCUUUCUAUCCGCUCUGAGCUUCUCAAGGAGGCCGACUCUCUUCCUGACUUGGCCCUCACUGAGCGCCAGCUUUGUGACCUCGAGCUUAUCCUCUCUGGAGGAUUUUCUCCGCUUGAGGGCUUCAUGACCGAGAAGGAUUACAAUGGAGUUGUCAACGAUCUUAGACUAGCCGACGGCGCCCUCUUCUCCAUGCCCAUCAACCUCGACGUUAGCGCUCAGGAGAUUGAGACUAUUGGAAUUGCCCCUGGUAAACGCAUUGUUCUCCGUGACUUCCGCGAUGAGUCCCCUCUUGCUAUCAUCACCGUUGAGGAUGUCUACAAGCCGAACAAGGAGACCGAGGCUGUGAACGUCUUCCGUGGCGACCCUGAGCACCCGGCUGUCAAGUACCUUUACAACACCGUCAAGGAGUUCUACGUCGGCGGAAAGGUUCAGGCUUUGAACCGUCCCAACCACUACGACUACGCCGGCCUUCGCUACACACCUUCGGAGCUGCGUGCUGAGUUCAACAAGCUCGGAUGGAACCGGGUUGUCGCUUUCCAGACUCGUAACCCCAUGCAUCGCGCUCACCGAGAACUGACCGUUCGUGCUGCUCGUUCGCGUCAGGCCAACGUCUUGAUCCACCCUGUGGUCGGUCUUACCAAGCCUGGCGAUAUCGAUCACUUCACUCGCGUUAGAGUCUACCAGGCUUUGCUCCCUCGUUACCCCAACGGAAUGGCUCUUCUUUCCCUCCUUCCUCUCGCUAUGCGUAUGGGUGGUGAUCGUGAGGCUGUUUGGCACGCCAUUAUCCGCAAGAACUUUGGUGCCACUCACUUCAUUGUCGGACGUGACCAUGCCGGCCCUGGUAAGAACUCCAAGGGCGUUGACUUCUACGGUCCCUACGAUGCCCAGGAACUUGUUGAGAAGUACCGUGACGAGCUUGGAAUCGAAGUUGUUCCCUUCCAGCAGAUGACCUACCUCCCCGACGCCGACGAGUAUGCGCCCAAGGACGAGGUUGCUCCCGGUGUCAAGACUCUCGAUAUCUCUGGAACCGAGCUCCGUAAGCGUCUCCGACUUGGAUUGCCUAUCCCCGAGUGGUUCUCGUAUCCUGAGGUUGUCAAGGUUCUUCGCGAGUCGCACCCUCCUCGUGUUUCUCAGGGUUUCACCAUCUUCCUGACCGGUUAUCAUAACUCUGGAAAGGACGCUAUUGCUCGCGCUCUUACCUACACGCUCAACCAGCAGGGAGGUCGAUCCGUCUCCCUUUUGCUUGGUGAGACCGUCCGUUCGGAGCUGUCUGCUGAGCUUGGUUUCAGCCGUGCCGACCGCCACAAGAACAUCCAGCGGAUCGCUUUCGUCGCUGCCGAGUUGACCCGUGCUGGUGCUGCUGUCAUUGCUGCUCCUACGGCUCCCUAUGAUGACUCGCGUAAGCUUGCGCGCGACACCGUCUCGCAGUCUGGUUCUUUCUUUUUGGUCCAUGUUGCUACUCCUCUCGAGUACUGCGAGUCCACUGACCGAAAGGGAAUUUUUGCUAAAGCCAGAAAGGGAGAGAUCACUGGCUUCACUGGUGUUGAUGACCCGUAUGAGGCUCCUGCUGAUGCUGACAUCACCGUUGACGUUUCUACGACCUCUGUUAGAACGAUUGUCCACCAGAUCGUGCUGCUGCUCGAGAGCCAGGGAUUCUUUGGCAACUGAUUUUUGAAUGAUGAUGAUUAAAAUUGUUUAGAAUUAUUUCCUCUUUUAAAUUUGUUAGCAGGUGUACAGUAAUAUAAAAGUGUAAUGUGGUGGGUAUUGAAUAGAAUCGCUGUAAGAAACAUGAUAUCAACCAGUCGAUAUGUGCCCCGAGCUGCAAGCCCU